CUUCGUCCCUCACCCAGUGUCGUCUUCCCAGAGUUCUGCAAUCCAGGCUGUCCUUGAGAUCGGUUUGUACAGCAAAUUUAUGAAGAAAAAGAAAGAGGACCAAGAGACUAGGAGGGGUUGCGGAUUAAGUCCCUUUUAGGGCUGCGAACCUGGGGCCCCGCGUGGAAGGAGCCCGACAGUCGCCUUGCUGACAAAAGGGCAGUCCUCCCGUGGCGUCUGCGCCCUGCGACCCCGCCCGGGGACCGCCCAGCGCCUGGGCUGGGUUUACUCAUCCUGGAGAGGUAGGUGAUCCCAGGCGCGAGGGCGGGCGCAAGGCGUCCGGAGAACCCAGUAAUCCGAGAAUGCAGCAUCAGCCCUUCCCACUAGGCACUUCCUUCCUUUCCCCGAACGUUCAGAGAGGGAGGGCUGCGCACUUAUAAACUCAGGCCAGGGCCUACCCGCAUGUCAGAGGCUGCUUCACUGGGGCUGCGCGCCGCGGCCCGUAGCCUUAGCUCUGGGACUGACGCAAGCGGCUGUAACUGCCGGCGCCCUGCGCGUCUCAGCCCCGGCCGGGCUCUAGCCCUGUCGCGGUGUCUGAGCUAUCUCUGACCCCUACUCGCGAGGAGCGGGGACAGCAUGCUCCGUGUCCUUCUCCUCAGCGUUCUGGCCCCCGCCACCCUGGGGCUUCGGGCGCCCCCAGAACCGCAGCCCCGCGGCAGCCAGUGCGUUGAGCACGACUGCUUUGCUCUCUUCCGGGGCCCCGCGACAUUUCUCGCCGCCAGCCAGGCCUGUGAGCGCCUGCGAGGCCACCUGAUGACUGUGCGCUCCUCAGUGGCAGCUGAUGUCAUCUCCCUGUUACUGAGCGGCGACGGCGGCAACGGCUCUCGCCUGUGGAUCGGCCUGCAGCUCCCGCCCGGCUGUGGCGACGCAGGGUACCUUGGUCCCUUGCGCGGCUUCCAGUGGGUUACGGGCGACAACCACACCAGCUACAGCAGGUGGGCGCCGCUCCACCAGGACCCGACGCCUCUCUGCGGUCCGCUUUGCGUCUCUGUCUCCGCGGCCGGGCCCCAGGCGCCGGGCGAGCAGGCCUGGGAGGAGCAGCGGUGCACCACAGAGGCUGAUGGCUUCCUUUGCGAGUUUCACUUCUCAGCCUCCUGCAGGCCCCUGGCUGUGGAGUCUAGUGCCGCGGUGGCCGCCAGCGUCUCCAUCGCUUACAGCACCCCGUUCGGGGCCCGCGGCGCGGACUUCCAGGCGCUGCCGGUGGGUAGCUCCGCCGCAGUGGCGCCCUUGGGAGUGGAGCUGGUGUGCGAGGAGGGGCCGGGGGAGGCCGAGGCGCGCUGGGGCCGGGAAGUGCCAGGCGCCUGGGACUGCGGCGUGGAGAACGGCGGCUGCAAGCACACGUGUAACAGAAGCGCCGGGGCGUCGCGCUGCCUCUGUCCCGCCGACUCUACCCUGAAUGCCGACGGGCGCUCCUGCGCCGCGCCUGGGGAGCACUCGUGCGACAAACUCUGUGAGCAUUUCUGCUUCCGCAACCCGGACGUGCCCGGCUCCUACUCAUGCAUGUGCGAGACUGGCUACCAGCUGGCUGCGGACCAGCACCAUUGCGAGGACGUGGACGACUGUAUGCAGGUGCCCAGUCCGUGCCCUCAGCGCUGUGUCAACACGAAAGGCGGUUUCGAGUGCCACUGCCACUCCGGCUACGACCUGGUGGGCGGCGAGUGCUUGCAGUCCGUGGACCCGUGCAUCGGGACUAACUGCGAGUACCAGUGCCAGCCUGUGGGCCAAACUGGCUACCGCUGCGUCUGCGCAGAGGGCUUCGUGCCCGACCCGCACGACCCCCACAGGUGCCAGAUGUUCUGUAACCAGACUUCAUGCCCAGCUGACUGCGAUCCUAACACCCCAGCUCGCUGCCGGUGCCCUGAGGGCUACAUCCUGGACGAAGACUUCAUGUGCACAGACAUCGACGAGUGCGACAAUGGCAACUGCCCCAACACAGGUGCGUGCCGCAACCUCCCUGGUACCUACGAGUGCAUCUGCGGGCCCAACUCGGCCCUUGCCGGCCAGACUGGCACCGACUGUGACCCUAUCAAGGUGAGCGGUGGCGACGACGGCGGCUCUGGAGAGCUUCCGGUCAGCCAGACUCCCAGGGCCACGUUGAGCCCGUCGCCUGCAGGGUCUGUACAUUCUGGGGUGCUCAUUGGCAUCUCCAUCGCUAGCUUGUCUCUAGUGGUGGCGCUUUUGGCACUCCUCUGCCACCUGCGCAAGAAGCAAGGGGCCACGAGGGCCGAGCUGGAGUACAAGUGCGGGUCCCCAGCCAAGGAGGUUGUGUAGCAGCACGUGCGAACGGAGCCAACGCCUCAGAAACUCUGAGAGGCCUCCCUCCCUGGCCCCAGGUGUUGGCUCGGCCUUUCCUUCCCUCCUGUGCCUCAUUCCUCUGCUCUCUUCCCCAGCCUUACUCUCUGGCCACUCUUAGCUGGCAUCAGAACUGGAAAAGAUCCCUCACCCCUUUUUUCACUGAUUCCAUGAAUAGUUGGGGAGAGGGAAUUGGGAGGAGGAUGCACCUCAGUUGCUACCAUGAGGUCACCAGACAACUGGGCAGAGAUGGCAAUUUUACAAUGAAGACAGAGACUGCAGAGUGUCCCAUGCCUUCCCCAUGGGGUACAAGAGGGGUUAUUUGGUCCACAGUCUUUUGGGCAGAUUAUGAUCUAAUGGACUAGUGAGUGUAAUCGUGUCAUCGAUGAUGACCAAGAUAUUUAUUUUUUAAGUACUUAGGACAUUUUUUCUUUUUCUUUUUUCCCUCCUGUAUGUCUUCAUACCCACUUUUGAGUCCCGCCCGCCCCUCUUUUCUCUCUCUCUCCCUCUCUCUCUCCCUCUCNCUCUCUCUCUCUCUCUCUCUCUCUCUCUCUCUCUCUCUCUCUCUCUCUCUCUCCUUCCCUAUCUAUAUAUUUAUGUACUCCCACUUGUCAUGUGGCAGUUAAUGUAUCUUGGUGAAUUUUUUUCAGCCUCCCGCAUUUAUGAAACCAAGCCUUAUUUCCCCCUCAUUCCUCCCAAUUUUCCCUUUGCCACCCACCCGAGCCACCCUACCUGUGUCUGACUCUACUUCUGCUCUUAGCUGUCUGCCUAGUCUGAACUCUUAUGUGAAACAGAAACAAAAACACUAAAAACUAGAAUGAUUGGGAUUUGUUCUUUCACCAGAUUUGCUAAUUUAUCCUGAAUUUUCAGGCUUCCAGAGUGAUAACAUUUUUAAAAAGGCUAAGAUGAGAGGCAUUACUUAAAUUAAUGUUGCUGGACUGUCAUAGAAAUUUGACUCAAGGCGUUUUUAUUUUUAUUUUUUAAAUAGUGAUUUAUUAUUGUUAUUGUUUUGGUUUGGACUGAAAGAUAGUAAUUGUUAAGCUUCUCAUUCAGUUGCCUUUUCUAUUAUUAUUAUUAGUAGUAAUAGUAGUAAUAGUAGUUAUUUUUAACAGUGCUGAAAUGUUCACAUGAUUGCUCUAGAUUGAGAGGAGAAGGAAGCACCUCCUAGGAAACAGUACAAGAAAGUUUUGGGCUGUAUAAUUCAUGCCAAUUACCAUUUUGACUCUCACUGUUUUUGUAAUUUGCAGGCAAAAAUAAAACCAGCUCUUCUUUUUUUGGGGGGUAGGGGGGAUUUAGGGCUAGAGCCUCACCUUGAUCAAGCCCUUGAGAAUUUCUUCCACUUCAGAGGGUCCUUCUAACCUGAAGUAGCUAGUUAGAAAUAUAGAAAUUUGGGCUUCACCCCACGUACAGCAAGAGAAUGUGUAUUUUAACAAGAUCUGCAGAGGAUUUGUCUGCCCGUUAAGUUUGAGGAGAACUGUUCCAGUCAGCUUCCAUCUUUCUGGAAUACACUAAAUAUGGAUUAGUAGCAAGUUGCAGGCUGAGUCAGCCCCCUUAUUCUCAAGAAACUGAGGAAUUUUCAUGUCAUAGCUUUGCUUUCCAAUAGAAAAGACUAGGUACACACUUUUCAACAUUGCUACACAGGGUCUUUGGUUCAACUAAGCUAGGAAUGAAAUCAUUUAUGGGAAAAAAAGUAUCAUAUAAGUGUAUCUUUCCUGACACAAAGAUUUUCCUUUACUAUUUUGUAAACUCAGUAUAUUUGUACAUAGUUAUUUAUUUAUUGGAGAUAAACGAGACCACAGGCAAAAUCCUUGCUUAUGACAUCACAUGGAGAAAAUAAACAAGUAAAAGUGCA